AUGUUCCCCACCACUAUUCCUUUAUGUACAAUAAUCAUUCUAGCUCUGUACAUCAGCUCUGUUGAUGCUCAGAACUCGUCCUAUCCACUGGGUACAGUUCAUGGCUUAGAAGGCAGCGAUUUAAAUGUUUACGAUGUUGCUGGUGAUGAGAAUACAACAACAACAAAUAAAGUUGCUGUCAUCGUUCUCUAUGAUAUACGUGGUUUUAAUGUUACAAAUACACGACUGUUUUGUGAACGUUUAGCAUACGAAUAUAAAAUACGAGUUUUGAUGCCGGAUUUCUUCAGAAAUCAACCCACAGCAGCUGCAACAUGGCCGCGUGUUGAACAAGAUUUAUUAACCGUUAACACGUAUCUUUCACAAAACUACAGUAAACUAGCUGUCAUUGGGUUCUGUUGGGGUGGCUUAAGGGUAAUGAAAGCAUGUGGUAAUGGCAAUAAUAAUUCUUGGACGAUGACACCCUAUUUCACUGGUAUCAGUAUCCACGGUUCAGGGUUAAACGUUCAGGAUGCAGAAGUGCUACAAGCACCGAUGUUGUUCAUUCGUGCUGGUAAUGAUCCGCCGCUAGAUAAUAUUACAGCGGUUUUAGAUCAAAAACCGUUUGGUAGUGAAUGUGAAUACAAAGUCUAUGAAAAUAUGAGACAUGGUUUUGUUUCAGCUGGUGCUAAUUAUUCUGAUCCAGCAAAUGUUGCUGCAAUUGAUGAUGUACAUCUAAGAGUUCGAACAUAUCUGAGUAAAAUAUUAACUGAUGAUGGUAACAGCACCACCUAUCCACUGGGUACAGUUCAUGGCUUAGAAGGCAGCGAUUUAAAUGUUUACGAUGUUGCAGGUGAUGAGAAUAGAGAAACAAUAAAUAAAGUUGCUGUCAUCGUUCUCUAUGAUAUACGUGGUUUUAAUGUUACAAAUACACGACUGUUUUGUGAACGUUUAGCAUACGAAUAUAAAAUACGAGUUUUGAUGCCGGAUUUCUUCAGAAAUCAACCCACAGCAGCUGCAACGUGGCCGCGUGUUGAACAAGAUUUAUUAACCGUUAACACGUAUCUUUCACAAAACUACAGUAAACUAGCUGUCAUUGGGUUCUGUUGGGGUGGCUUAAGGGUAAUGAAAGCAUGUGGUAAUGGCAAUAAUAAUUCUUGGACGAUGACACCCUAUUUCACUGGUAUCAGUAUCCACGGUUCAGGGUUAAACGUUCAGGAUGCAGAAGUGCUACAAGCACCGAUGUUGUUCAUUCGUGCUGGUAAUGAUCCGCCGCUAGAUAAUAUUACAGCGGUUUUAGAUCAAAAACCGUUUGGUAGUGAAUGUGAAUACAAAGUCUAUGAAGAUAUGAGACAUGGUUUUGUUUCCUCUGGUGCUAAUUAUUCUGAUCCAGCAAAUGUUGCUGCAAUUAAUGAUGUACAUCUAAGAGUUCGAACAUAUCUGAGUAAAAUAUUAACUGAUGAUACUAUAACAACUACACCUGACAGCAGUUGUAUAAACGUAAGAGCAUCAUCAUGGAUCGCAUUCUUUGUUUUAUUACUAUUGAAAAGUUUGCCAUUGUUACUCUUGUCGGAGCAAACACUGUGA